UCAGCGAGUUGUCCGGGAGAAAAGCCGAGGCCGCCAUGUUGGUUCCGUCACCACGUGAAGACUCCUGAUCCAAAAGCCAGUGAAGUUUCCGGGGGCGGAUCAUUAUUUUUAUUUUUAUUAGUAGAACUUAGUGCAGGAGAAGAUCGUUUCUGCUCUCUCCUCCUUCCUCUAUCCUCACAGCUCUGCUUAAUGUCGACAGGCCAGUGAGAGCAGUGACAGCGAUGCCCUCAGUAACACUGCCGCCCAAAGAGAACGCUCUCUUUAAGAGAAUAUUGAGAUGCUACGAGCACAAGCAGUACAGGAAUGGCCUGAAGUUCUGCAAGCAGAUCCUGUCUAACCCCAAGUUUGCAGAGCAUGGGGAGACACUGGCCAUGAAAGGACUGACUCUGAACUGUCUGGGAAGAAAAGACGAGGCGUACGAUCUGGUCAGAAGAGGCCUCCGUAAUGACCUGAAGAGUCAUGUCUGCUGGCACGUAUACGGUUUGCUGCAGCGCUCCGAUAAGAAAUACGACGAAGCCAUCAAGUGCUACAGAAACGCUCUGAAAUGGGACAAAGACAACCUGCAGAUCCUGCGAGACCUCUCGCUGCUGCAGAUCCAGAUGAGGGACCUCGAGGGAUACAGGGAGACCAGGUAUCACCUGCUGCAGCUGCGUCCGGCUCAGAGAGCCUCGUGGAUCGGAUACGCCAUCGCCUAUCACCUGCUGCAGGACUACGAGAUGGCGGCCAAAAUCGUGGAGGAGUUCCGCAAAACCCAGCAGACCUCUCCAGAUAAAGUGGACUACGAAUACAGCGAGCUGUUGCUGUAUCAGAAUCAAGUGCUGCGAGAGGCCGGGCUUUACAAAGAAGCUCUCGAUCACCUGAUCACCUACGAGAAACAGAUCUGUGACAAACUGGCUGUGGAGGAAACCAAAGGAGAGCUGUUGCUGGUGUUGGAUCGAGCCAGUGAAGCCACAGAGGUUUAUCGCCAUCUGCAGGAGAGAAACCCGGAGAACUGGAGCUACUACCAGGGGCUGGAGAAAGCGUUGAAACCAGGAAAUGUGAAGGAGAGGCAGCAGAUCUAUGAAGACGUCUGGGUGAAGUUCCCUAAAAGUUUAGUGCCCAGGAGGCUUCCGCUUAACUUCCUUGCAGGAGAGAAGUUCAGGGAGUGUCUGGAUCAUUACCUGAGGGUGAACUUCAGUAAAGGAUGUCCUCCUCUUUUCACUACGCUGAAAUCUCUUUAUCACGACAAGGAGAAGGUGUCAGUCAUCGAGCAGAUGGUGGUUGGGUAUGAGGCGAGUUUGAGAAGCUCCAGGAUGUUCAGCCAAAAUGAUGAUGGAAGAACUGAACCUCCAACCACCCUGCUGUGGGUUCAGUAUUUCCUCGCUCAGCAUUUCGAUUAUCUCGGACAACACGCCGUCGCCCUGGAGUACAUCAACGCGGCCAUCGAAAGCACCCCGACACUUAUAGAGCUGUUUCUCAUCAAGGCCAAGAUCUACAAGCAUGCAGGAAAUAUACAGGAAGCUGCACGAUGGAUGGACGAGGCUCAGGCACUCGACACUGCGGAUCGCUUCAUCAACUCUAAAUGCGCCAAAUACCUGCUCAGAGCUGGACUGGUCAAAGAGGCCGAGGAGAUGUGCUCCAAAUUUACCCGGGAAGGCACGUCUGCGGUGGAGAACCUGAACGAGAUGCAGUGCAUGUGGUUUCAGACCGAGUGCGCUCUGGCGUACAAAGCCAUGAACAAAUACGGAGACGCGCUCAAGAAGUGCCACGAAAUCGAGCGACACUUUGUAGAGAUAACGGACGACCAGUUCGACUUCCACACAUACUGCAUGAGGAAGAUGACCCUGCGCUCUUACGUGGCUCUGCUCAAGCUGGAGGACGGGCUGCGCAUGCACCCGUUUUACUCUAAAACCGCGCAAACGGCAAUCCAGAUCUACCUCAACCUCCAUGACAACCCGCUGAGCGACGACAGCAAGGAGUCCCAGGCAGACAGCGUGAACUUGACUGACAAGGAGAUGAAAAAACUGCGGAACAAACAGAGACGAGCGCAGAAGAAAGCCCAGCUGGAAGAGGAGAAGAAGAACGCAGAGAAAGAGAAACAACUGAAAAACCAGAAGAAGAAGAAGGAGGAGGAUGAGGAGGAGGUCGGAGGACCCAAAGAGGAGCUCGUACCCGAGAAACUGGCGAAGAUCGAGAAUCCCCUAGAAGAAGCAGUGAAGUUCCUGAUUCCUCUGAAGAACCUGGUAAAGAACAGAAUCGAGACGCACCUCCUGGCCUUCGAGAUCUACUUCCGCAAAGAAAAGUAUCUGCUGAUGCUGCAGUCAGUGAAGAGAGCGUACACUUUAGACCUUGACCACCCCUGGCUUCACCAGUGCCUCAUCCGAUUCUUCAAAGGAGUGGCUGACGGUAAGAAUCUGCCCCAGCCCGUACACACUGUUCUCAAGCAGGAGAUCACACGAUUGUUUGGAGAGAGUGACCCAAAAACCUACAACAAGAACUUCCUGAGCAAGCACUCCAGCUCCAUACCUCACAGAUUAGCAGGUGCUAAGAUGAUGGUGUAUCUGGAUCCCUCCACUGAGAGCACAGCCGCCGAGUUGGCUACGUCCCUGGACAAGUCUCUCACCGGCAGAACCAUCAAGACGUGCACCGAGGUUUUGCAGGGCUUAAAGGACGGCAGCUUGGGUUCAGAGCAGCAGAAGGUCCUGGAGUCGUACCGCUCUUUCUGCCACGGGCUCUACCCUUACUGCCUGGCCUUUAUGCCGCCCGGUUACCAGGACAACGCUGCCAUCACCACCAACGGAGACCUGCCCUCCGGCGACCACGAGGACGUGACCAACGAGAUAUGAGAUGUUUGGGGGAGGGGGGAGUUUGGAUUGUGUUUGGGUUUGUGUGGUUGGAUUUCAAUAUGCCUGAGAUGUGACUCUACUGUAGAAACCGGACCGGGACUCUGUCCUGCACGGCAGUACGCCUGUUUUUACGUUUGAUUUUGAUUCUUUUCUUUUCUUGCUUUCAUUCUUCCGUUCCUUUUCUUUCUUACUUUUAUUAUUAACAUUGCUGACGACUACUCUAAAGAAAAAGAAAAAAAAAUAACCGACACCCGAGAGAACAGAGCGUAGAUGAAGACGGCUGAUACGCGCACCUGCUUCUUAUGAUUUUAAGAGUAAUUUAUAUAAAAGAAUGUUCGAGAACAAAAAAAUAGGAGCGCUCAUCGAGUCAGGUGGCCGAGUACCAAACGUGUGAGGGGCGGAGCUUCUAACAGGGUGCAGGUAAAGGUGUGUGCAGGGGGUGGAGUUAAAGAUCCGGUGAGGACUUCCUGCACAGCUGCUACAAGAAAAGACUGUGACGUCUCUCUCUUUCUCUCUCACUCUCUUUUUUUUUUUUUUUUUUUUUUUUAAAUAUAUUUUUUUUUUACCCCCUUUAAUUUUUUUGUCUGCUUUUGUCUUUUUUUUUUGGGUUUCUUUUCAUUGUCUUCCAAAUUUGUUCGGUGUCCUGACGCUUUGAGUGUUGUCUGCUCAUAACCGUAUCCAACAACCUCUGUCCAUUUUUUUUUUUUGUUUGUUUGUUUUGGAAUCUGCUGCCAUAAUUUCAAGAACAUGAGCCUCCCUGCCCUUCAUACCACCGUCUAAACUCGGGAUCGUCCACGCGACACCUUUACAAAUAAAACUAAUUGAAUUUCAGAGGAUAUGAGGACGAAUACGCUGAAGUGCAGACGUUUGCACACCCUUUGGACAAAAAUAAAGAACACAGAUUUAUGUAA